ACUAAGUUCUAAAUCCCAGUAUUUCAAUUCCUAUAGCCUUCCAUUGAAGACAAAAUCAUGGAAUCAUUCAAGGAUUGUCGAUUAAGUCUAAUCCCAAUUACCCUCCUAAUCAUUUCACUAAGAUUGGUUAAUGGGCAGAUUAGUACACCAUGCACAACCUCAAUGAUAAGCAGCGUCACUCCAUGCGCAAAUUACAUCACCGGGAGUACCAGCAACGGCGGGUCACCGACAGCCGGAUGUUGCAGUUCGUUAAAGUCGUUAAUGGGCACCGGCAUGGACUGUGCUUGUCUUCUUAUAACUGGUGGUGUCCCUGUCCAACUGCCCAUUAACCGAACCCUCGCGCUUUCUCUUCCUCGAGCUUGUAAGAUGGGAGGCGUCCCAGUGCAAUGCAAGGCCUCUGGUAGUCCUUUACCUGCUCCAGGUCCUUCGUUACUAGGGCCAACUCCUCCACCAACAGUUUCUUCAAGUCCAAGAGCUUCUAAGGCAGUUGCAUCAGGUCCUGCACCAGAAUCUGGAACAUCUGAUGAUCUGCAGCCAGCAUCUCCAUCAGAUGAAUCAGAAGCUCCAACACAAAGUACCCAAGGAAUCGGACGACCACAGCUGACCCCAUCAGCAUCGAGUUUAUCUUAUGUUUCCCCACCAUCUGUCCUACUGAUAAUGUUGGGAAUUAUGGUUUUCAAUUCUUACUAGUUAUUGCUAGAUAGAUACCUAUGUAUCAUAUGCAUUUUUUUUAUGGUUUAAGAUCUUUAAUUUUAUAUCGUGUUGAUCGGGAUGGUGUAAGCUUGAUAAAAAUUGUUAGCUUGGCUUAUUAGAUGUUUAAUCGUUUGGGCUAGUGAUUGUCGUCUAAUACGUGAUAGCUUAUCAAAUGUGUACAAUGGCGAAUUCAUUGUAUUUUCCUCUUGGGAGCCA